CUCUCUCUCUCUCUCUCUCUCUCUCUCUCUCUCUCUCUCACACACACACACACACAGACGUGCGCAGACUGAGGGGGGAGAGAGAGAGGGAGAGGGAGUGAGAGGGGAGAGAACACAUCGCAGCAGAGAUGCAGCAGGAGAUUUUCCGAGCGGCCGCAUCGCGGGAGAAGAAGGAGGAAAAAGAUUUUGGGGGGUGGUCAUGGUGUCCGGUGAGAAGGUACGGGACCCCCUCCAUGUGGGCCUCAUCCAGUCACAUCUGAGGGAACAACGCCUCCCUGCUGCGUUAACUCCUCUCUGCAACCUUCCGCAAAGUGCAGCUAAGGAAGCACCGUGCCACCAGAACCAGCGGCAGACACCUUUGUCUUCUCCUGUGCAGGCGUCCUCACCUUUCUAUCUGCCUGUCAACAUUUGCACCACACGCUGCAGCUCCAACAACACUGAAAGGCCGCACAAGUCAGUCGGUUAUCUUGGAGUGGCCUCUCAGUCCGAAGAAGAGGAAGAGGAGGAGGAGGAGGAGGAAAGGGAAGUUGAGCAGCUGGAAAUGAAGGGUAAAAGGCAUGUUAAUCAGGGAGAGGCCUUAAUGGAGGACAGGCUGGAGGACAUGGCGGAUGGACCUAAAAAUGCAAAAAUCACUUUAAGCUUCCCACUUAGUGCCGGCCCCCUUCCUGCCUCUCUGACAUCACCAAACCUCUGUCGUAGCACCUCCUCUUCUUCCCCUUCCCCCCACCGACGGCGGCCAUCCUCCAAGAGCUCAGAUGAGGCAUCACUGUGGAAAAAGGAUGCGACUAUGGACAUAAAACACAGACCGUAUAAGCCCUCCAGACAUGACGGCUCUCCAUCGUCCUCACCCUCCUCAUCCUCAUCUCCCAUGGCUGUUCACGGACUCAUACGGAAGGAUAUCAAAUCUCCUCCUCCUCUGAAAAGCUCCAAACUCAAUCCAGAGACUCCGUUUAACAGUUCACCCCAAAGGUCCUCCAGUGGGUCUUUAGGGGGAUGUUACAGUGGAGAUGGGUGGGAUGAAAGACACAGGCCAGCCAAUGGAACGGUUUCACCCUCUCAGACCGCCCAAAUUCUCUUCAGUCUGGGUACGUCGGCCUAUCAAGGCCCGAGAGGCAGCAAUACAGAGAGGAAAGACAAAAUAACCGGCCGGCCUACCGGGAAGAUGGGAAGCCCUCAUGGACCAAGCCUUCACCCACCUGCUCUUCAUCUCCCUCCCCCACUCCCACCACCUCCUCCACCCCCAUCGGAGGGCCUCACCGCUCCCCCUCACUCAUCAUCUUACUCUCCUACUGACAGCCUGAAACCAGAGCUGAUUUGCGGGGUGUGCCACAGACUUUUCAGCUCGGCCUCCUCACUGACGGCCCACAUGCGGCUACAUCGUGGCAGCCGUGCCCUCUGCUGCCGCUAUUGUGGCAAAGUCUUCAUCCACAGCAAGAGACUGCAGUCCCACGAGGCCUCCUGCAGGGCACCGGGCCUGGCCUCCAACAGCCUGGGCCCUUCUUCUCUCACUGUGCAGCCAAAGGAGGAACCACUGGAGGAGGGUGAGGUGAGAAUAGAAGGGGGAGUGAUUGUGAGAGGUGCAGACAUCACUAAGGCACGGCCAGGGAAGAAAGCACGUAGCCUCCUGGCACGUAUCCAGAGUGAUGAUACAGCGGCCACAGAGCUACUGGGAGGUGACGAGAACCAUUUUGUGAAGGUGGUAGAUGGAAACGUCAUUUACUUCUGCUCUGUGUGUGAGCGUUCUUACAUGACCCUGUCCAGCCUCAAGCGCCACUCAAAUGUGCACUCAUGGCGCCGCAAAUAUCCAUGCCAUUAUUGUGACAAAGUCUUUGCCCUGGCAGAGUACCGCACGAAGCAUGAAGUGUGGCACACAGGAGAGCGUCGUUACCAGUGCAUUUUUUGCUGGGAUGCCUUUGCAACCUAUUACAAUCUCAAAACACACCAGAAGACCAUACAUGGGAUUAAUCCCAGCCUCAUCUCCAGUGAAAAGACAGCUAAUGGUGGUUAUAAGCAGAAAGCCAAUGCCCUCAAGCUCUAUCGCCUUCUUCCCAUGCGCUCCCAUAAGAGACCCUACAAGACCUAUAGUGAUGGCUUGGCAAAUGGUCUGGUUCUGCCACCGAAUGAAACACCUUCUCUGUCGAUGCCUGGUUUGGGCUGUGCUCUGGGUCCUGGAGACCUACAAAGCCUUCUCAGUGGAAGCCACCCUCAGAGUGUAAAGUCUGACCCAGAUGCCUUCCCUGCUGGCUUUCCCGUUUCUGUUGCUGCCGAGCAUAGGGACUUAUCUGUGUUAUCACCCCUCCCCCAACCAGACAUGACCCAAGUUAGAAAACAGGAGAAGGAGGCCCUAGAGUUAGACCAGGACAAAGGCAGUGGCAAUUUGAAAAUCUCUAGCAGCAACAAAACCAAAACUCCAAAGACUGGUAGAAGCACAGAACCAAACAUGACAUCUGUGAUAACAUAUGGCCAUACUAAACCCUCUGUCAUAGUUCAUGGAACUACAAUGUCCUCCUCUGUCAUUGUCCAUAGCAACCAGGUCACCUCUAGAAGUGACAAAAGCCCAAUGACUAGUCCGUCUCCUGAAUCCGGCAGUAGUCAGACAUCACAGAAGAGUAGUCCAAGUAAAAAACAAAAAGAUAGUAGUACACAUAAUUAUAGAAAGAGGUCCAGAGACAGUUCAGACACCACAGAGGAGAGUUUAAGAAGUAGAGAGGAUGCAGAGACACGUCGAUCAUUUCAAAAACCACGCAAGUCCCACAGCAAAAGUGACAUCUCUAAUUCAAAGCAGCCGUCAGCGUCAGUAGGGUCACAGGUCAAAGAGGCAGGCCCUCUGUGCCAAAUUACUGUACGCAUUGGCGAGGAGGCCAUAGUUAAGCGUAGCAUCUCUGAAACAGAUCUUAGGAGGGACAAAAGUCUCUCUCCCCCAAAAACCAAACGCAGUGAGACAUCAGCUCUGCGGGAUAACAAGGAGUCUCGUCACUCCCAUCACCAUCACCAUAAACACCACAGAGCCAGUGUGGAGGCAGAGCAUGAGAGGAAAGGAGGAGACAGUGAGGGAGAUGAUGUGGCGAAAAACUCUAAAUCCCCUGAAGGAGUUCGGGAAUAUUAUUUCCGUCAAGAGGUCCGUGAGCAAGUAGAGAGUGACCAUGACACAGAGGACAAUUUAUGGCGACCUUACUAUUCCUACAAACCUAAGAGAAAGGCACAAGCACAUCUGCAGAGGGUCAAGAACUGGCAGAGAAAACUGAAAUACAAGCGUUCUCUGCGGAUAAAGAGGAGGACAGAGAGACUUAAGAACAAUGUGAGUAAAGGCACAGAAAUAUCAGAAGAUGAGGAAGGUGGGAAGAUUGAGCAGGCUCAAAAAUUGCCAGACAGUAACACGGAGAAUGAAGAGGCAGAAAAGACAAAUUAUCACACUGUCCUUUUAAAAGACGCAAGUAAGACAGAAGAACAGGUCAAAGAGGUUCCUUCCCCUUUUCUGCACUCGCCAAAGCCGCCUCUGCCUGCCUCAGUGGCUCCUAUGGGAAUAAAGAGGCGACCUUGGACUAAUGGGAAUGCAGCUGAGUGUGGUACAUGUGGCCGCUGGUUCUCGAGCCCCAGGAAGCGAGACAAACAUGAGUUGAGCCAUCUGCUUGAGUUUGUUUGUCUCUUCUGCCGAGCCACUUUCCCCUCGAGGGACAAAUUGGAGGAUCACCAGAGGGCACAGCAUCCCAAACCUCCUGAGGUAGGAGGUGCUAAAGUGGCCCUCGGUGAACAAAUUGAAGGGGCUGGAGCCAAAGCGGUGACAGAGGUGGCAAAGUGCGAUGCAGAAAAAGAGGGACAACAGAGCCUAAUAAUGAGCAGUACUUGUAGUCCAAGUCGCCUAAGUAGAAGGGCGUUAGCGCGACACACCUGCCCACAGUGUCACAAGGUCUGUAAGACGUCGUCAGCACUAACCCGCCACCUACGACGCCAUGAGUUAAGCACUUCCCCGGAGAAAGAGAAGGAGGACAAAGAGUCAGAGCCAAAAACAGCGGUCACAGGGGUCAGCACUGUUACCAGAGAUGUAGAGACUGAGAAGGGAGAGAAUCCCAGUGCUGUUUCAGUAAUCAGCUAUUCAUCACCAGACCCAAAAAGUAGCACCGAGUGCUUAGCAUUACAGCAGCAUGAAAACCAUGUCAACAAACUGACUGAUGAACAUUACCAAGCUACUGACGAGCUUGAACUGAGUGAGCUCAAACAUCCACCCCCUGAGAGAGAGCCCAGCCCCCAGAUUGUAGACCCUCUGUCAGAGAGGCCAGUGAACCUUACACCCACCAGAUCUGAAUUCACACGUGUCACACCCUCUGCUGUCCAGCGGGAAUCGCAGUGUCUGGACUAUCGCACUCCCACUAAAAAGAGCACAGACAGCCAGAAACACAGAACACCCAGCUCUGUGCACAUUGUGGCAUCCAGCAACACCUCUCCAAAUGUGUCUAUGACGUCACAGACCAGAAUAACCACUGCUGCUCCUGCUGUUUCUAUGACAACAGCUACCAUCUCUGAGGGGGGGUUUAUGAAACGGGAUGGGGUCAUUAUGUCCAGAGACAGGCAGGGUGUGAACGGUGUAUUUCUACAAGCAGAUUAUGAGGAGCCACCUAUGGUCCAAGAUCUUAGAGUCCAAUCUCUGUCCAGGAGUCCCUCUCCUAAUGAAGCACAAGACCUAACCAUGUCCUCUAUGCUGGCCAGAGAGCGGGAGAUAGAAAUGCAAAGAGGGAAAGAGAGGGAGCGGCAGAGACAGAGAGAACGGGAGAGGGAAAAAGAAAUGGUGAAAGAGAGAGAGAAGGAGGUAGAAAGGGCCCAGCAAAUGGGUAGAAUUGUAAAUGCUCCAGAGGAGCAGAUUUCUCUGUUGGUCCCUAAAGAGGAGCCCAUGAGUCCAAUCCCAUCCCCCCAGCACGUCCCCGCUCCAACCACUAUCAAUGGGCCUUCCUCCCAGAGGCACACGCCCAAGUCCACCUGCCAGUCCCCCACAGAUAUUGGACUCUUAGCUCAAGCCAGCCGUCAGCUUCACUCCGCUUCACAAGGACUCGACAGACUCGCACUGCCCACAGGAGCAGCUGGUGCUGGUGACCGCCCUUCUGCACAUGCUCUCCUUCUCCCCCGAGCCCCUCCACCACCUGAGCUUGAGCACCAGGACACCAUUUCCCCCAGAGACUCGCAUCAGGGGGAGGCUCCCUCAGUGGGCUACCAAGCGCAGGAUUAUCCCCUACCCUUGCUUGUGCCGGACGGCUACCGCUCGGGUAAGAAGCAGGAUGAGAACCUACUCAUGUCGUCCUAUCCCGCUGGGGCGCUUCCCUUCGGACCACUGGGAAAGGUGAUGGUUCCUAAUGGUGGGGACCUGGCCAAGCUGCCCUUCUAUCCAGACCCUUACCAGCUGCUCUAUGGACCCCAGUUGCUGGCCUACCCUUACAACCUGGCUGCUCUUCCUGUGGCUCUGAAUAUGAUUGCACCUGCUGGGGACAAGGUGGAACCUCUGCCCUUCCUGCCUGCCAUCUUCAACUACGCACCUGCAGCCAGGCAGUACAUUGGCACAACACCUCACCCCCUUGUGCCAGAUCCAAGCAUCUACAGCAGCAGCGCCGGCGGCAAGAAGCAGCGAGACAGCAACAGCAGCAAACCGUAGGACCCAAAAACACUAUAGCUGUUUAUGAAAGAAUUUGCCCUGUUUGGAAUGGAAGCAGGAGGGGGGCGUACUCACCGGGUAACUCACAUAGUACCCCUACUACUCUUUUAUUCAGUAGAACUCAGAGCUAGACAUUAUACCAAGAAUAGGCGUGAAAAGGAGGAGGAGGAGCAAAGAAAUGGGGAGGAGUGGCUUGUAUUGUAGCGACGUAUCAUUGCUCCCCUCUCUUUACUCCUGCUCACCUUCCCGCAUGUCUCUUCUGUCUUGCUGUAGUGUGUUGUAGUUCUAGAGCUUGAUUAAUCUUCCUCUCUGACUCAUUAUAUUAUAUAUAAGAAUAAGGACUCCUAAUAGGGUGUGUGUUGUAUGAAAAAUUAGUCCAGUCUGCUUCCCUUUAUAGUCGCCGCAUAACAACGAUAAACGCUCUUCUGGGAAGGCCCGUGUAGGCAAGGCUGAGGGAUGAGACAACGCGGUCGUUGCUCGACUCAGCUCGAGGUGCAGAUUUAAGCAACGUGAAUCCUGCUUCUGUUUGUGUGUGUAUUUGAGGGAAUGAGGACACAGGUGGUGAAGUGACGUGUGAACGCUAUACGGCAGCGUGUACAUGCACAGUACGUAAGGAUUAGUGCAUGCAGACGUGGGUUUAUGCAGAUCUGAGUGCAUUGUGUGUGUUUUCAAAAAAAAAA